UGAUUGAUAAUGACAUAUAAUGCAUGCGUGUACAAUAGAUUGCCUGCCCGCAGGCGGAAAGCAUCGAGCUUGAAAAUGUGCGUAUUUCUUCAGUUUCUGUCAUGCGGUGCAAUUAUGCCGAAGUGACGCUAACCUCUCUGUAAAGCUUGACAUUUCCAUCAAUGAACAUAAACUGAAUUUAAAUCAUCUUUAAGCAAAAAUAAUCAUGGACGUGGAUUUACUGCGGCCAGGAACCGUUCCGAUUUCACCUGACACAAUAUUAUGGUUCGAGUUUCUAUUGAAUCCGUCUUUGCUCCACGAACAUCUUUCCAAACCGUUUCCAGACCCAUCACCAACGGAUCUGAUAGUAAAAUUCAUGACAAUAAAUUUGGAACAAAGAGAUAGUGAUGUCAAAACCGUUGAUGUCGACACAAACGAACAGAUGCAAAACCUGAACAAGUGGAGUCUCAAAAAUUUGGCACUAAAAAUUCUUUCGCUGAAAGUAGCUGCCUAUUUGAAAUGGGACCUAGAUAGUUUGGAGACAAAAUUAUCACUGCCAAUGCAGAUUUCACUGCUGCAGGAUCUGUUUUACGUAGUGACAGAAACCAUUGUUGAAAUUCCAAUGAUACCUGAGUACCAAUUGAAUUCCAUGAGCGAUCAGCUUCUUUUUACAGUCGUUCUUUACCACAGGUGGCAUUUGAGAGCGAUCGUCUGUAAGUCAUUAAACAGUCGACAGAUCAAACAACCGUUUGCUCACAUCCCAGGUACACAAGAGGUAACAUAUGUUCCUCCUGCUGUGACCGACGAUAUAAUGAGAAAGCUAGAGACGUAUCUUCCCAACACCAUCAAUACUCUGAAUGCUGUUUUGGAAUUAAAUGAUAUUUCACCAAAGGUCUUAUCGUUUGAGACAUUUGUUAUGCUAACUGAGGAUAGUACGGAAUGCAAACAGAAUUGGGAAAACAUGUACAGUAUAAGCAUUGAAGAAUUCAAAUGCCAGAUACACUAUGAUCUUGCAGUAUUUCAUCUCCUCCGGGAGGAUUAUGAAAGCGCCAAGCGACACGUUAGCGGUGCCAAAAAACUAUUUCAAAAGCUGGACACUUCUGUUCCCUUGAUAUAUUGCACAGUCCAAAAGGAAUAUCUGGAUGGUUAUUGUCUGGCUUGUGAAAUACCAGUGGAAAAUAUCAAGACAGAUCUCGUUCAACAAAUGCACUCGUCUAUCAAAGACCAGUACACGAACAUCGUACAGGUGCUGCAGGCAGACAAUGUGAGCAGAGAAAUUCCUCAAGUUUAUAGGGACAAUUUAGAGUUGGACAUACAGGGUGGAAUGGUUAAUAGAAAGAUUAUUGUAGCUCGUGAUUUGCUUGUACAAAUUCAGUGCCUUAAUUUAGUCAGGAAGGUGCUUGAAAGCGAGAUUCUUCUUGGUGACUAUAUUGCAGAAAUUAAAACUGCAGGUGCAAAGGGACUCAGCACACUUUUCUGGGCUUUUGGUAGUGUCAUAGACAAAGUGACAGAACUGGAUAAGAGGCGUAUUUCACGGUUCUUAUUGUAUCUUGUACUGAGUGGUGAAAUAGACGGACUUGCAAGUCAAUUACUUGAAGAUGCGAAUCUCAGAUCAUUAUUCAAUGAAGAAGAAUUAGAGGAAGUAAAGAGAGAGGCCGAACAGAAUGACCUUGAGAUUCCAGAUUUGUUAACAAACAACGAAUGGGGAAUUCAAACAGUGACCUAUACACAAAACUCAAGAGUGGACAUCGGUACUUUGGAGCAGCGUAUAAUUCUGUCUUACAAUCCGCAUGAAAUACGUGAACUUUUAAUACAUAUUGCCAGUACGAACCGAAGGAAACCGAUAUGGCGAGUGAACAACUGUUGGGUACUUCCUAUUCCUUUACAAAGUGUGGUAAUGUCAUUGCCAAGAGGCUUACUGCAGAAUUAUUCCUAUGUACUCCUAGCCAAAAGUCGAGAACUUGUCACAACCAAAGACUUUGUUGGUGCUAAAGAGAUGCUGAAUAUCCUACAGCAGGAAGUGCAGCUCAAUGUAGCUGGUGGCAACAGUUCAAUAUUCAAAUUAUGCCAACUUGUGGCAUGGGAAGCAUUGUUGAUCGAAAUAUUGCACUGUCUCUACGUCUGGCCAGCCAAUAAUAUUUGUGACAUGCAAACUUUGGUUGGAGAGUGUAAACAGUGUCUGGGUACUUUACAAGCUACAGAUCAAGUUAUCCCGCGACAAGAGAUAAUCGAAUAUUGCAUAAUAUUUUUGCUGAAUAUGGCUGAAUGGGAUUAUUUAACAACUAUAGAAAAACGAUGGAGUUACUCUGAGUUCGCAGCAGCGAUAAGCACAGUUUGCCAAGACAUUGUUAAGCACAAAGGAAGUAGAAAGUUCCCCAGAGAAGCCUGGGACAUGGUUCUAGCAGUGUUUGGGCCGGGCAGUCAACAACCGCAAAAACGAAGCAAUAGCGGAUCUAGUGGAAGCAGUGCUUCUAGGGAUGCUAUUAUAGCAGUAAGUGGAGCUCUCAGUCGACUUCGAGAACCUACUGCUCUCACAGCAGUAACAUCGCUACUGGCACGGCUGCAUAACGUUCUCCGUGACGAAUCUAGCCUCGAGCUUCACACCCAAUACUUGAAUCUCUGGCCGGCUGCCGUUUCCAAUUCUAAUUCGUACAACACGAGGACGAUUGGGGAAUUCUUAUUUCAAGUUUUGUCUCAAGCGCUCAAGUAUUACCCGAGUAAUGUUUCUUGGUUAAAAUUGAUGGCAGAUCUUAAUUUUGUUCUCGGCUAUCACGAAAGUGCCAUGAAGUAUUACCUUGAGGCCACGAUGGUUGCCAGUGAUCUCUUCAGCCAGCCUGUGCCACGCACUCAGAUUGAUGAUCUCGUCUAUCGGCGAAUGAUUAAAUGCUGCGAGCACUUGCAAUGUUACACACAAGCAGCAGUAUUGUGUCAAUUUUUAGAAGAAGUAGAUUAUGCUUUAGCGUUCAAGAUGAUGUCUAGCGAUCGGAAGAGCUGCGCUGCAGCUGAUGCCAUGGAUGCUUAUUAUCACUGUAUAUGGGACACCACGGUUCUCGAGUUUCUUAUAUAUUUGCACACUAAACGAGGCGAGCACCAUAGAAAACAGCUCGCGAUCAAAAUUAUAGGACUGUUAGAAUUAAACUCUAAUAAUAACGAAGAAAUUCAACGGGAAGCUGCAAAUAUUCGAAAAGCAAAAUUUUUGAGAGCUUUGGCCAAACAAUAUGUGUAUUAAUUAAUUUCAUAGAAACAUCUGUACGUUGAAUUGUGUAAAUACCUUGAAUUGAUUUCAGUCUAUGAAUCUAUCAAUAAUAGACGUUUCUAACAUAGAAUUCCCUUAUUUUGAAGUGAGCAUAUCUGCGAAUAGAAAUAUCGUUGAGGAAAGAAUAAAGUCGAAAACAGACAGAUAUAGUCGUAUAUUUUCACCCGUAGCAAGAGAAAAUAAAGGGAGAGGAGAUAAAGAGCGACACAGGCUUUAAUAAAUAUAGUUUAAUGUCAUUGGCUGAUUCAUAAAUUAUUUUGCGAAAUCCAAAGCAGUGCUAGGUAUCGUGUGUUCUAGAGUAUCACAGAUUAAUGAAUAUAUUUUAUAAUCUAGAUUAUUAAUAAAACUCUUCAACAAUGCCAGUUCGUAUCCAACAUAAAUAAAAUAGUCACUGAU